AUAAUAAACCUUUAUCAACUAACUUUCGUACAAGUUAGUAUGCUGACACCGGCAGAUCCAAGUCGCACCAGGGGAAAAACACAAACAACUAUUUAAGAUAUAGAAAUAAUAUUUUAGGCCUACACUGUGGCAAAGCAUGAACAGAACGACAUAUUGUACGUGUACAUUUGGUGUAACUGUACUAGUCCAUGCUUAUCAGGUGAGGUAAUGUAUAAUUAGACUGCUUGAGAUAAUGAUUGAUCAGUUGGACUUUAUGAUUUGCAAUUCUACGUACAAAGCGGCCUCGUCAUGUCAUAUACAGGUGUUAAUUAUUACAUUGUGAGCUAGGGACUGAUAAUAUACUGAUGGACUGUUUUCAUCCGAAACGGAGCCACAACUAGAACAUAAUUCAUUUGUCUCUUUAAAAAAAAAAGAACACCUUUAUUAUUUUUUUUCUUAAGAAUCUAUUUAUCAAAUGAUGUUGGUAAAUUCCAAUGUGAAAUUUUCGGACGUUGACCACAAUCGCUUUAAUGGUGACAUGGUCGUAUCGAUUGUUUGAAUCAAAAUGGCGUCAUACACAUGGACCAUGAGUGAUAAUUUGAGAAAAAAAGCUGAGCUUGAACUUGGAGAGACACCUAGCGUGAGGGAAAGUGCGAUACAAAAGCUCAGGGAACGCAUGGAAGAGCGAAAGGAUAUAGUAUUCAAUACCGAUUCCAGAUUUUUGAUACGUUUUUUACGCGCGAAAAAGUUUGAUGUAGAUCGUGCCUACAAAUCGAUUGUAAAGUACUACGAACUUCAUGUUAAACAUCCGGAUUUUUUUGAAAAGUACCACCCAACUGGUAUCAAACAUGUUUUAGAUGAUGGCUACCCCUACGUACUGGAAUCAACUGAUGGUGAAGGAAGACAUAUAGUAGCGAUGAAGACAGGUCAUUGGGAUCCAAGAGAAUAUCCUAUUACUGACAUCGCUCUAGCUCUCUUCAUGGUGAUUGAUCAGCUUGUAGAAGACGAAGCUGCACAAAUCAAUGGUGUCAUCCUUCUCUUUGAUCUUGAAGGGGUCAAUAUAUCUCAGGCUAUGUGUUUGACCCCUUCAGUCGCUAAGAAACUUACUUCUAUAUUUCAGAACUGUGUACCAGUAAGAGUUCAGGGCAUCCAUUUCAUCAAUGAAAGUUUACUAUUCGAUGGAGCCUUUACGAUAAUCAAACCAUUCAUGCAAGAGAAGAUCAGAAAACGGGUCAGACUACACGGUCAGAACUUGGAAACGCUCCACGAAUACCUCUUACCUUCCAUACUUCCAGACACCUUCGGUGGAGAGAUAAUCAAAUAUGAUUCGUUACCAUGGCGACAAGCCUUCUUGGAGAGGGAUCUACGAUGGCAACCAUCACAAGAAGAGGGAGUUUUACAGAAGAAGAAAAAAGGAAAGAAAUGAGCGAGAAAAGAUGAUAAAAAAAUAUAUUGUACCUAUUUUGCCAUAUAAUCUUAUAUUUUAUUGAUCAAUUUAUCCGGCCAUGCUA